AUGAUCAGAAUUUUAAAUUGUUUCAUCAAUUUCGGUUCCCACGUCGAGAACUAUUACAUCGUGUGCUCUAACGCUCCACAUCUGUGUUUAUCACCCACUUUCCUUCCUUCUCUUUCAUUUUCCUCCCUCAUAUACGUCUCACUUUCCCUCCUUUAUAUCCACUUUUCUCUCUCUCCGUCUUUUUCUUUUUUUUUCUUCUCCACAUCUUUUUUCUUUUUUUUCUUCUCCACCUCUUUUUCUUUUUUUUUCCUUUUUUUUUUUUUUUUUCUUCUCCUCCUCCUUUUCUCCUUUUUUUUUUCUUUUUUCUUCUCCUCCUCUUUUUUUUUUCUUCUCCUCCUUUUUUUUUUUCUUCUCCUCCUUUUUUUUUUUUUUUCUCCUCCUCUUUUUCUUUUUUUUUCUUCUCCUCUUUUUCGUUUUUUCUUCUCCUCCUCUUUUUCUGUUUUUUUCUUCUCCUCCUCUUUUUCGUUUUUUUCUUCUCCUCCUCUUUUUCGUUUUUUUCUUCUCCUCUUUUCCUUUUUUCUUCUCUUCCUCUUUUCCUUUUUUCUUCUCUUCCUCUUUUUCUUUUUUCUUCUCUUCCUCUUUUUCGUAUUUUUUUUCUCUUCCUCUUUUUCGUAUUUUUUUUCUCUUCCUCUUUUUCGUAUUUUUUUUCUCUUCCUGCCUCUGUUUCGUAUUUUUUCUCUCUCCGCCUCUGUUUCGUAUUUUUUUCUCUCCGCCUCUGUUUCGUAUUUUUUUCUCUCUCCGCCUCUGUUUCGUAUUUUUUCUCUCUCCGCCUCUGUUUCGUUUUUUUUCUCUCUCCGCCUCUUUUUCGUAAUUUUUUUUCUCUCUCCGCCUCUGUUUCGUAUUUUUUUUUCUCUCUCCGCCUCUGUUUCGUAUUUUUUUUCUCUCUCUCCGCCUCUGUUUCGUAUUUUUUUUUCUCUCUCCGCCUCUGUUUCGUAUUUUUUUUCUCUCUCCGCCUCUGUUUCGUAUUUUUUUUUCUUAGAUAUCUUUUCUGUUCUCGGCAUUCAAGCUGAUACCAACAUGUAA